GAAGACGUUCUGUCUGUGGUCGGGAAUGAAGAGGAAGGGAAAAUGUCGGAUCUCGACGACGUUACGCUGGACGGGAGACCGCUCCAGUCUCUUCGGGUUGCUGAUUUGAAAGUAGCUCUUAAGGAAAGAGGACUGUCAAAGAGCGGAAAGAAGAAGAAGCUCAUUAAAAGAUUGAAAGGGGCUCUCAUGGAAAACCUACAGAGAACCUCUACCCAUCACACUGGACGGCAGCCAAACUCUCAGUUUGGCGAGGAAAUGAGCCACAACAGCAUUAUUAAGCAGUAUCUGGCAAAACAACAGGAGCUCCUGAGGCAGUGCCUGGAGAGAGAGGCACGAGAGGCAUAUGAAACCAAUGAGCAAGACGACCAUACAGAAACUAAUAACAGCACUUCAUGUCCUCAAACCCAGGAUGUUACCCCAAUGUUGCUUGACCAACACAAACCACCUUGCCUUUCUGGUGGAGAGGGUUUGUCUGUAAAAGUGAAUCAAAUGGAAGACAACAGAAACAACCCAACUGACAUGUCGAGUGCUCCUGCUUCGGCACCUCCAGUGUCUGCUUCUGGCUCUGAAACUAUCUCAAUUGUUGGUGGUGAGCGCCAGUCUGUGAGGGGGCACACAUCCAGAAGAGUGCCAGCUGACAGUGAUGAGGAGGAUGGCGAUGAUGACUGGGUUAGUAGCACACGGAGAAGAAGCCGUAGACAACCAGCCAGAGCGCGAGUGACCAGAGAGAGGUCUGGAGCAUCUCGCCAUCUCCAGCAGCAACACAUUCCUUCAGUCUUAUCUCCUCAGCUUCGCCAACCAACACCUCCUCCCUCUCCACCUCCAGAAUUAUCAUUCCCCUUACCUGAUACCCCAAAGCAGAGCCCCCCUAGUCCAGGUGUACAACCAGCUAGGCAGCUUUCAUCCAGUACAUCAAGCUCUGGUUCCUCUAGCAGUAGCAGCCGAAGUAGUAGUCCAGAGCCACAAAGGAGUGGACAGUCUGAGCGUAAGCCUGGUCCAUUGACCCUUCUAGCACGUAAAAUGGAGUCAGAAGGCGCUUUCUGUAGUGCGGGUUGGCAUAGCAGUGAUAGACAGGAUGGCAGUUCGCCUUCAACUACAGAGUUUUCUGGUACAGACCCUCAAGAGGGCACAGCUUAUGCCAUUGCUGAAACACUCAAAACUACAGGCCAUGUUCCAUUUCCAAUAAUUCCAAGUACUACCCAGGUUGUCAAUGAAACACAUUCACCUUAUAUUGCAUUGCAUGUGCAUGAGCUUAAUGCUAUUACAACAGGGGAUGACAGAAAGCAUGACUCUCUCAAAAAGUCUUUGCAACAAGAGAGAGAAGAAAGACAAUGGGCUAUGGAACUAGAAAGAAACAAACCUUUGGAGUGGGAACAAACGACAAGGGAGGAGGAUAGUGAGCAAAAUAGGUUAAUAAUGUUAAGGUCUUUGGAGACUGAGCGGCUUGAGAAGGAAAGGCUUGAAAGAGAAAACAGUUUGGCAUAUGAAAGGUUGGAAAGUAAUAAAGUACAUGUACAAAAAAGGGAAUACAGACAAAAUCUGGAGAGAGAGAGAGUGCUGCAGCAAGAACAAAUGGAAAGAGAGAAAGCUUUGGAGAGACAAGGAAUGGCAAGAGAGAAGGCCUUGGAGCAGAAGCGAUUGGAGAGAGAGAGAAUAGAAAGGGAGAAGGCCUUGGAACAAGAGCGGCUGGAGAGGGAGAAAAUAGAGAGGGAGAAGGCCUUGGAGCAAGAGCGGCUGGAGAGGGAGAGAAUAGAAAGGGAGAAGGCCUUAGAGCAAGAGCGGCUGGAGAGGGAGAGAAUAGAAAGGGAGAAGGCCUUGGAGCAAGAGCGGCUGGAGAGGGAGAGAAUAGAAAGGGAGAAGGCCUUGGAGCAAGAGCGGCUGGAGAGGGAGAGAGCUUUGGAGCAAGAGCGGCUGGAGGGGGAGAGAGUAGAAAGGGAGAAGACUUUGGAGCAAGAGCGGCUGGAGAGAGAGAGAGUAGAAAGGGAGAAGGCUUUGGAGCAAGAGCGGCUGGAGAGGGAGAGAGCUUUGGAACAAGAGCGGCUGGAGAGGGAGAGAGUAGAAAGGGAGAAGGCUUUGGAACAAGAGCGGCUGGAGAGGGAGAGAGUAGAAAGGGAGAAGGCCUUGGAACAAGAGCGGCUGGAGAGGGAGAGAGUAGAAAGGGAGAAGGCCUUGGAACAAGAGCGGCUGGAGAGGGAGAGAUUAGAAAGGGAGAAGGCCUUGGAGCAAGAGCGGCUGGAGAGGGAGAGAUUAGAAAGGGAGAAGGCCUUGGAGCAAGAGCGGCUGGAGAGGGAGAGAAUAGAAAGGGAGAAGGCCUUGGAGCAAGAGCGGCUGGAGAGGGAGAGAAUAGAAAGGGAGAAGGCCUUGGAGCAAGAGCUGCUGGAGAGGGAGAGAAUAGAAAGGGAGAAGGCCUUGGAGCAAGAGCGGCUGGAGAGGGAGAGAAUAGAAAGGGAGAAGGCCUUGGAGCAAGAGAGGCUGGAGAGGGAGAGAGCCUUGGAGCAAAAACGAUUGGCGAGGGAACAGGUGUCAGAGCAACAGAGGGUGUUGGAGAAAGAAUGGUUAGCCAAAGAGAAUAAAUUUGGACAUGAGAGUACAGAGCGCGUGAGGAAAGAAAAUGAGAGAAUAGAGAGUCAAAAAUCAUUUGAAAUUGUGAGGAUAGUGGAGGAAAAGGCCUUAGAACAAGAGAGGGAGGAAAAGGAGAACAUUGACAAAGAAAAAACUUUGGAACAGGAGAGCAUAAAAGUAAGUGUUGACAAAGAAAGGAAAGAAAAGUUUAUAGAACUACAAAGGUUGGAAAAACAAAAAGAAGGGAAACAUGAAAGUGCAAAAGUUGAGAGACACCGAGAUUUAGAGCGAGAGUGUGGAAAUACUUUAGAAUGUGAGGAAAUGGAGAUAACAACAAAUGAGACAGACAAUGAACGUGUAUCUGCGGUGAAACAGGUUGAAAAAAGGGUUACGGUGGUUAAACCAACAAGGGAGAGUACUCUCCCCCCUUCGAAACAGAGAAGUGAGAUUUGUCUCAUCCCCUUGCCCACUCCUCCCCCACUUUCCACAGGAGCAGAUAAAAAGUCGACAGAGGCAGGACAACAAGAAGGUUGUGAUGUUCGUGACCCAGUGGCAUGGAGAGGACCCCGAGAUGCAAAAUCUUGUGCUUCUGUGUCACCUACAUCUCAAGGCACACCUCUGUUGCCUCAGACCUCACUUAGGAAGCCUCGUUUUGUAAGGGACCUCAAAAUUCACCACAUUGCUUCUCCAACAUCCACAUUCCUUAAGCGGCCCCGUACCUUCUCUGAUAGCCCCAACCCUCAUGUCUCACCUGUUAUGUCUUCUGCAAGCAUUGGGGUACGAGAAGAGGAAACACAUCAGCCUUCUGCUCAAAACGCUAAUUCCCAGAUUCAGACAAGUGUGGAACUUGUUGGUGGGCCCUCAGUUUCUGCUGGGAUAGAUUCUGAGGGUAAGACUGCUGUAAUUCCCACACUGCCUGGGAGUCCCAGAGAUCAAAGGACCAACAACUUGAUUUCAGAGGACAAAGGACAAGCAGACUUUGUAGAGGGAGAACAGCACUUCAUCAUGGAAUGCACCAAAAAAUUAAAAGAACUAAAUGAAGACAAGUCUCUCUCAAGCCCCAUAGAGCCUGUUGUGAAGAGGGGAAGAGCAAGCAGUAGUUCAUCAUCAGAUGAAUCCUCCUCUUCUGACUCUGAUUCUGGGUCCUCUUCAUCAACGUCUUCUGGCUCAUCCUCAUCUUCUCCAGAGAGAACUACAGAAGGUAAAAGGGAAGGGAAAGGAGAGAGAGAUCCCUCACCACAACCCACUGUACCAGUUGAGAGCCGGGGUGACGUUUUAAAAGAAAGGCAAAAAGCCCCUGUUCACAAACCAGAGGUGUCAGCAGUAGAGUGUAAAACACCUGCUGAUGGAACAACCACUCACAGCAAGCAGUUCUUUGAGGCACAAACCAGAGAGGAGCAAAAAAGGAAGAGAGCUGUAGACAGCGGUGGAGAAGAAGAAAAGAGAGACAAAAAAAGGCAGGUGAAGAUGAAUGCUGUGGCAGAGCAAGAGAAACUCUCAGAACCCGGUGAUGAGACCCCAAAGGCCUUUUUAACUCGUAAGAUCUCUCUCAGCAGUAGCAAAGUGUCCUCUGGCAGUGCCAAUGUGGAGACUGAGCAGACAUCCAGUGUAUCAGCCAGUCGAAAAAGAAGAUGGGGAUCCAGUACAGCUGUCACUGCCAGGAAACCUUCAAUCAGCAUCACCACAGAUUCACUCAAGUCUUUGAUCCCAGACAUUGGGCCGUCUGUAGGUCAAGAAACUGUAGUGGACUUGAACACAGACGAAUUUGUCCUCUCUGGUGGUGAUGAUGACAUGAGUACACAUCCUCCUCAGGCUCUCCAGAUCCAACGCACUGUUACACAGGAGGUGCCCGUGGAAAUCCAAGAGAAUGGAGAGGAAGAGGCAGUGAGCAGUGGACCAGCAGACGUGGCAAUGGUUCAUGAAGAGGAACCAUUGGUGGAAGCUUCACUUCCUAAAGUUAUGGAAACCAAGUCACCACCUGACAUCCAUAAUGUGGAGAUGGGACCUGUGAUUCCAAGUGACCUCCUCAUUCGUCGCUCCAUUAGCCAGGAGAUGUUGGGUGUUUCCAUCACCAUUGAUGACCCUGUACGCAGGGCUUGGCACCCCUCACCACCUCAUGGGAAUGUCUCCAGCAUCGUUCACAUCUGCAACCUGGUGAGGCCAUUCACUCUGGGCCAACUGAAGGAGUUGCUAGGCAGAACUGGUACUAUGGUGGAGGAGGGCUUUUGGAUUGACAAGAUCAAGUCCCACUGUUACGUCACUUACUCGAGCCCAGAGGAGGCAGCGGCCACCCAAGCAGCUCUGCAUGGAGUCAAAUGGCCUCAAAGCAACCCCAAACUUCUCACCGUGGAGUUCUGCCAGCAGGAUGAGUUGGACUUCCACAAAGCACUGGGUACAGCUGACAAACCUGGAACAGAGGAACAGGGGCCUAGUUUUGGCCGUUCCCGAGCAUCAGGACUACCCUCUCUCCUACCUGAACGAGAACCAUGGACUGAGCGUGAACGUGAGAUGGGACGCAGGGAGAGAGCUCGCUUAGAGCGUGAAUGGGGCCGCAACAAGGUCAGAGAGUUUGGGAAACCCGGAGAAGGGAGGGAUGGAGGUCUGCGAAAGUCGCCCUCUAAAGAUGCUCGACGCAGAGAUAGGGAAAAAACCACAGAAGAGCCGCCUGCAAAGCUGCUUGAUGACUUGUUCCUUAAAACUAAAGCAACUCCUUGCAUAUACUGGCUUCCAAAUACAGAGGAGCAGAUUGUUCAGCGGGAACUGGAUCGAGCAGAACGCAGGAAGCUGCGUGAGCAACGGCUGAAGGAACUGGAGGAGGAAAAACAGGAAGAGGAGCGCAAGGAGAGGAUGAAAGCUGCAGUCGGCCCAACAGGAGGUCGAGAUGAGAGCGAGAAGGACAAAGACAGAGCGCGAGACAGAGAGAGAAACAAAGAACGCGUGAGAGAGAGAGACAGAGAGAGGGAGACUGACAAACGCAAGGAAAGCUACCGUAGAGAGGGUGGCAGAGGAGCGGGCGGCAGCGGCAGCAGACGCUCACAUAGCCGCAGCAACCCAAGAGAGAGGCGGCGCUAAGGCCCAAUCAGUUCAUGGAACUGUCCGAAAGACCGCCCCUCUUCUAUUUAUCUUUCAUGGCUAAGGACCAGCUGAUCAACGGGAAGUCUCUGAGAACAACGGUGUUUUUAAUGCGCGUAUUCACACAGUGCUGUGUGUCUCACUGCUGUCAUCUGAUUUUACUUUUGUCUGUUGUUAAUGGCGACAGCAAUAUGGCACGCUGGGUAAUUUCAACAAUCUUCCCAAUGGUCUCUCUUUGCCUUGAAGUGUAGGUGCCACUUAUGAUUUGCAUUCGGUUUCUUGUCGCCUGAGUGUUUAACACCUGUCUGCAGUAUCCAGGAAACUUUUUGUCAUUAAGUGCACGCCCAGAGGGUCACGUUGCGGUCGCUGCCUAUUGACAAACUUUUCUCUCCGCGCGGAGGUUUUCCAUUCAGCUGAAAAUAUUAGGUGUGUUUGCCAUUUUGUACAGAUCUAUAAGAUUAUUCAAAUCCAAAUCUUUAAAUGAGGCAGCUUUGGUGUAUUUUUGGACAGGUGUGGGUUCUUCUGUCUCCCCCUCCUGUUGAGAUGACAAAUGAGACGGUUAUCUGUGAGAGCGUGCGUGUGUCACAGCUCGUCAUUGGUUCACCAGAGGGGAGGUUGCAUCAUGGUAUUUCCCACAAUGGUUUUAAUUGUAUUUUAUCAUUUUACAAGCUAUUUUUUUCUUUCUUUCUUCUUUAAGGAUACCCAUCAGUGGUGAGUGUACAAAUAAUAACAGAAAAGUGAAGGUUGCUUUUGUUUUGUAAUUUUAUCCCUGCUCUUUUAUACUCCUGAGUAACAGUUUGUGAACUUCACCUCUCAUUUAACCACCUGUCCUUUUAUCUACAGAUUUGAAUGUAAAUACACUUUAAUUAAAGCUGAAAGUCUGCGC